CCCCCUCCCACCCACUCAUCUUUUCAGGUGCGUCGUUUAAGAGUGACGUCACGCCAAAUGAAAGAUUUGCGUUAACACGAACUGUCCUGAAUUCCAAGAUGGCGUUGCCCUGAGCUGAGCGGCGAGGUAUGGGUGAGAGCGAGCCUGAUGUCGUAUGUGCCCAAGUGUGCGAGCACCUCAGCAGGCAAGAGUACCACCUGGCUCUUUGUUGCUGUGAUGAGGUACUGGCCGUGCCACCUAGUCCCACCACCUCCUCCACCGGAACCACCACCUUGCCUGAAGACCACUGUGUCCAUGUGCUGGCACUGCUGUGCCGAGUCUCUGCCCAUGUUCAGUUGAAAAAAUUCACAGCAGCUGAAGAGGACAGCAAAAAUGUAAUGUGCCUGCAGGAGUUGCUGGGAGACGGGACUCUGAAAGAUCUGCUGGUCAGUAUGUUACUGGAUGGCAGGCUAACAGAGAUUUGCCAGGCUUUGUUCAACUGUGACAGUGAAGAAUGGAAGGAGAAUGAAGGUAACAUGAAGUAUUUCAGGCAAUUGAUGCUACUUUUGACAGAAUCACAGGUGUCCAGUAGUGCUGCUAGAGUUUCGGAAGAGGAUGGCAGGGAAGGGAUUCUGGUGGAGCGACGCUGGAAGCACAGAGCCCCUCCCCGAGGUGUACUGGGAAUCGAUGAGUAUACCUUAUGUCUCAGGUUCCUUCACGGCGGCGAGUGCCCGCUGGGCGAGCUGUGCGUCUCGGCCCACUCCCACGGCGAGCUGCUGGAGUGGCGGCAGAGGCUGCUGUUCGGUCGGCUGCAGGGCCAGCGAGCUCGCCGCGCCCGCGAUCCCGCGGACAGCUACGGCGAGAGCCUGGUGGAGAAGUGGAUGAGGAAUCCGCUCCCGCACACUGUGGUGAGCUCCAGCAUGCUGGGGGUGACUGUGGACUGCGUGCCGGACCUCCACCAGGCUAUUCGCCAGAAGCACUGCUCUGUCAGCUGGACCCUGCGGCUGGACUGCAACCCCCCUCGGCCGCUGCGUCGCGUGGCCCUGCUCAGCGAGCUGCACCGCGCCCUGUUCCGCAUCGCGGGCGUGGCCGUCGGCGGCUCCGACGGCAGCCCGCAGCCCCGCCCUCCGAGCCAGCCGCAGCAGGAGUGGAGCUGCGACGGCGGUGGGCGGGGCCCAGCGGCGGAGCGCGUGUACCAGGUGACCCUGCUCCUCACCGCGCACGCCUUCGGCAGCUUCCAGCAGACCGUGGUGUUUGACUUCGGCUCAGAGCCCGUGCUGCUCCAGACGGUCUCGGCCGAGUUGGCCCCGCCCACAGACCUGGCGCUGGAGCCGCAGCCCCGGGGCGCGGUGUCGUCGGUGCGCUGGGACUCCGGCUGCAAGCAGGUGACUGUGGUGGGCUUCCUGCCCCGAGACGAGGCCCCGCUGGACCAGUCCCUGCUGCAGGCCUACCAGAUCCCCGCCGCCGCCGACCAGCUCUUCACCCGCUCGGUCCUGGACCGGAGCCUCACCCCCAACAACUACCGCUCCCGCCUCCACGACCUGCUCUACAUCGAGGAGAACGCGCAGUACAUGGAGCUCAGCAGGUUGAGCCUGCAGACGUCCCUGCGCCUGGUGACUGCUCCCACGGUGCCCGGGCUCCAGGACGGCGCGGGGCCCCUGCUGCCCGGCCAGCUCUUCGCCCAGAUGGGUCUGAGCGGCACCGGGGUGCGGCGGGACACGGCGGGAGGGCGGCUGGUUUGGGACACGGUGGACAGCGUCCUCGUCCUGCCCGCGCUGGGCCAGCAGGCGGGGGCGGGGGCGGGGGGCAGGGAGCGGGUGUACGAGGCCCAGGUGGAGGAGCGCCGUCCGGAGUGCAUGCUGCUCAGGCUCUCGGAGGACUGCUGCCGCGACCUGAGACUGCAGCCCGACCAAGACCUGCAGGUGGAGCUGCAGUUCCAGCUGAACAGGCUGCCGCUGUGUGAGAUGCACUUUGCUUUGGACUCCCUGCAGGACUGCUGCACCCUGCUCUUUCCAGAGCCCCCCUCUGCUGGAGCGCCCCCCUCUUUCUCCAGUGUUGAGGGGAUGGAUGCCAGGUUGAACGAGCAGCAGAGGGCAGCCCUGGGGGUCAUCACCGCACCCCUUUCCCUGCAGCUGCCCCCUGUCCUGCUGUGUGGUCCCCCUGGCACAGGAAAAACCUUCACUCUGCUCCAGGCCACAGUGGCACUGCUGAGAGAGGACAGCAACAGGGUGUUGUUGUGCUCACAGUCGGAAGCAGUGGCUGACGCGCUCAUGAAUGAGCUCCAGAUUAUGCUGGGGCAUUCCACCUCUGAAGACUGGCUGCUCAGGCUGCAGGGGUGCAGCAGGCCGGGGAAAUCUGCCGCGGCCGCAGCGCAGUGCUGCAGUGGAAUCGCUCACAGCACCGCCGCGGAGAUCCAGCAGCCGGGGAGGGAGGAGGUGAACAAGAGCAGGGUGGUGGUCUGCACCGUGCGCCAGGCCAAGCACCUCAUCCAGCUCAGGCUGGACACAGGGUGUUUCACUCACGUCCUGGUGGAUGAGGCUUCGUCGGCGCCCGAGUGCGAGACCGUGAUGGCGCUCUCCUUGGCCGGCCCCUCAACCCGCGUGGUGCUGGCGGGGGACCCCGCCCAGCUCCCACCAUUGGUGUACAGUGAAUUUGCCCGUGAGCGAGGUCUGCAGCGCCCCCUGCUGGAGCGGCUUUGUGGGCUUUAUCCUCAGGACAGUAGCUGUUGGGUGAAGCUCACUGAGCAAUACCGCUCGCAGCAGCACAUCGUCAGGCUGGUCUCUGAGCUGUUCUAUAAGGGGGAGCUGAGGGCAGGCAGCAAACAGCCCGUCCACAAAGACUUCUUCCCCCUCUCUUUCUUCGUGGCGUGGGGGACGGACAAGAGCGGCUGUGGGUACCUCAACUACGCAGAGGUGUUGGAGGUGGCGGAGCAGGUGGAGAACCUGUGUAAGAAGUGGCCGGUGUCGUGGGGCAAGCUGGAAGAGGGCAGCGUGGGGGUGCUGACGCCCUACCCCAGUCAGGCCCUGUGCCUGCGCUCAGAACUGCAGCGCCGCAACCUCAGCUGCGCAGCUGUGCAGACGCUCGUCACCCUGCCGGGGCGCUACUUUCGCGUGCUGUUCCUCAGCACCGUUCGGACGCGCCACUCCCUUAAGCAGCAGGUGGUGGGCGGGGCCUCGGGCGCCUCCGGAGCGCGGCGCAGGGAGGCCGCCCAGGAGGAGGAGGAGUCUGUGGAGGACAGGGAGCUGGGCUUCCUCUCCUCGCCACGGGCCCUGCGCUCCGUCCUGCUCUGCGCUCAGUCCCUGCUGGCCGUGGUGGGAGACCCCGUGGCUCUUUGCACCAUGGGGAAGUGCAGAAGGAUCUGGGAGCGCUUCCUGUCCGCGUGCGCCUCCGAGGGAAGCCUGCACGGGGCCACCCUGCCCGGCCUGCUGGAGCAGGUGGACGUCGUGGAGUCCAGGUGCGGCGGCGUCCUCAACCCCCUGGCGCCGGAGUUUGUGCCCCGCGGGCCCGCCAGCCCCGCCCUGACCCGCCGGCUGCCCGCCUCGCUGCCCCGCAUCACGGUGAAGCGGUCAUCUUCACAGCCCUUCAAGCAGCCGCUGCAGAGGGAACGUUACGGUCAGGUGGGCCCCUGCGUGCCUCAGGGCGCCCCGCCCUACCUCCUGGCCCUGUCCUCGGGGCGGCCCUGUGUGUACGGGAGGAGCCCCAGCCCCCUGCCGCGCCUCGGCCCCCUCAGCCGGACCGGCCUGGUGUGCGACCCGUACCGCAGCCGCCUGCUCGUGCCCGUCCCCCUGUCCCUCUCCUGCUCCGGCUAUGCCAACCGCGUGCCCGUCGACCCGCGGGUGGUGGCGUGCCAGGCCGCCGUGGCCUACAACUUCAACCUGCUGCAGACACCUGCCAGCCCAGCGUCCACCAGCCUCAGCCCCCGCCUUCGCUCUCCCCCACAGUCCUACAGGAGCCCCCCUGACAGCAGCCUGGAUCCUGGGAGAGCAGGUGCGGAUUCUGGGAGAACAGGUUUGGGGACCCUGUGUCUGUGGCCGGAGUCCGAGGGAAGGGAGCAGGUUGCGGGAGGCUUGGGAUUCCGGCGGAGCCGAUCCCCAGGGCUGCCUCAUUUGGAGCCGUGCUCCACCCCCACGCUUCCCAGCUCCCGGCCUUACUCCAGCCCCUCACCCCCCCCGUUCAGCCGCGACGGCUCCCCCCCUCCCUUCAGAACGUCCCCUGAGCUGGGCCACCCCUAUUGCUCUCGCCUUCCCGGGGGCGGCCUUUGUCACCCCUCCAUGCAGAAUGGAAGCUACGGGAGCGGGAGAUGUGGAGACGAGGAGCCCUCCGGGUACUCCCCGUGGGCAGAGCAGAACAGCCUGCCGCUGUCCCCUCUCCUGCACAGCGCACAAACGUCGCCGUUUCCGCCAGGGGACUCCCCCCUUCACUCGCCAACCACCAGCCCCGGCAGCUCCCUGGGGUACGGGACCGAGGACAGCUGGGCCUCCCUGGGAAGCUUCUCCUCCUCCGCCCAGGCUUUCCAGCAUUCGCCCCUGGAGCAGCGCACGCGGAGCGGGCCCGAGCUCUACUGCAGCCCCAGGCCCAGCCCCAGGCCCAGUCCUGCCGAAUGUGCGGAAGGCGAGUGGAUGGGUGGGCGGAGGCUGUACCAGCGGAGCUCCUCCUCUCUCUGUACCACGGGGGCAUCUCCCCCGUCCCGGACUGACGGAGACCCCAGCCCCCCCAGCAGCUUCUCCGUGUGGGCCCAGGAGAGACAGAGCACGCACCACGAGGAGAAGGCUUACCCCGCAUCUGGACCUGGUGAGACCGGGCGGAGCGGGGAGACAGGUGGAGAGCUGGGUGGGGUUCCGUCCAGUGAGGUCCACCUCCAGAGUGCCUGGGCGUGUGCCAGCCAGGUGCAGCCCAAUGACCCCCUGGCCCUGCUGCAGGAGUUGGGCCGCAGGGGCGACCAAGAGGACAGUGCAUACUACUCUUACUUCCACUGAAUGCAGCACUCACUGCUCUGGGGUCCCACAGUGCCUGUCUUUCUGUCCUCUUUUUCUCUUGUGCCGUUUCUUUUUUUCUUGAUAUGCACAUUUGAUUUGUUUUAUUACUUAUCAAUGCACUUUUUUGUUUAUAAAUGUGGUAUGCAUUUUUUAUGUUCUGGGGGAAAUUAUUUUGAUAGAGGUUUUCAAUGUCUUUGACAAAGGGAGGGUUCUUUUCUGAAAUGUGGGUGGGUAAGUUUGUGAUGGUAAAGGGAUUAUUUUUGUUUAAUUUUUUAAAAAUGAAAAAGCAUGUAGUUUUGAGGUAGAUGGCCAUCUCAGUGUAGUGGAAUAAAUGUGAGCCUACUGUCAGACAUUAAGAAAUAUGACUCAUCUGGAUAUACCCCACAUAUUCAUAACCAUCAUACCAUGUCAUGCAGCUGUAAACCCUUCACCUCCAUCAUGGAACAUUGAAUGAUAACGUAUUGUCAAAUCAUAAAUCAUGAAUUCUUACUUCCCUGACUUGUACCAUUACAUAUGAAAUAAAAAUAGGGAAUUAAAAAU